AUGUUGGGGCUCGCGGGUCGCUGUUCGGCCGCCGCCGCCGCCGCCCGGCCGCUGCUGCACCGCGGGGCCGGGCCGGGCCGCGACCUCCUGCCGCUGCUCCUCAGCCGCGGGGCCGGCCCGGCCGCCGCCGCCGGGGCGCGACGGGACUAUGCAGCCCAGCCGGCCCCUGCCGCCAAGGCCGGCUCGACCACCGGCCGCAUCGUGGCCGUCAUCGGUGCGGUGGUGGACGUGCAGUUCGACGAGGGGCUGCCCCCCAUCCUCAACGCCCUUGAGGUGCAGGGCAGGGAGACCCGGCUGGUGCUGGAGGUGGCUCAGCACCUGGGGGAGAACACCGUGCGCACGAUCGCCAUGGACGGGACAGAAGGCCUGGUGAGAGGACAGAAGGUGCUGGACUCCGGCGCGCCCAUCCGCAUCCCCGUCGGCCCCGAGACCCUGGGCAGGAUCAUGAACGUCAUCGGGGAGCCCAUCGAUGAGAGGGGCCCCAUCACGACGAAACAGUUUGCUGCUAUCCACGCCGAAGCCCCCGAGUUUGUGGAGAUGAGCGUUGAACAGGAGAUCCUGGUGACAGGGAUCAAGGUGGUGGACCUGCUGGCUCCCUACGCCAAAGGCGGCAAGAUCGGUUUGUUUGGAGGUGCUGGCGUCGGCAAGACGGUGCUGAUCAUGGAGCUGAUCAACAACGUGGCGAAAGCCCAUGGUGGUUACUCGGUGUUUGCCGGCGUGGGGGAGCGAACCCGCGAGGGCAACGACUUGUACCACGAGAUGAUCGAGUCUGGGGUCAUCAACCUGAAAGACACCACUUCCAAGGUCGCCCUGGUCUACGGGCAGAUGAACGAGCCCCCGGGCGCCCGCGCCAGAGUGGCCCUGACGGGGUUGACAGUGGCCGAAUACUUCAGGGACCAGGAGGGUCAGGACGUGCUGCUCUUCAUUGACAACAUCUUCCGCUUCACCCAGGCUGGCUCAGAGGUGUCGGCCCUGCUGGGGAGAAUCCCCUCCGCUGUGGGCUACCAGCCCACGCUGGCCACCGACAUGGGCACCAUGCAGGAGAGGAUCACCACCACGCGCAAGGGCUCCAUCACUUCGGUGCAGGCCAUCUACGUGCCGGCCGAUGACUUGACCGACCCUGCCCCCGCCACCACCUUCGCCCACUUGGACGCCACCACGGUGCUGUCCCGCGCCAUCGCCGAGCUGGGCAUCUACCCGGCCGUGGACCCGCUGGACUCCACCUCCCGCAUCAUGGACCCCAACAUCGUGGGCCCCGAGCACUACGACGUGGCCCGGGGGGUGCAGAAGAUCCUGCAGGACUACAAGUCUCUGCAGGACAUCAUCGCCAUCCUGGGCAUGGACGAGCUCUCUGAGGAGGACAAGCUGACGGUGGCCCGGGCGCGCAAGAUCCAGCGCUUC